GAGCAGAGAGACCUGAACGCCUUCAUCAGUCACACUGCUGUCUGUUUGUAGCUCGGGACGACAAGAGGACCGUUAAAAACCAACUGUAUGCGACACAAUGCAGCUGUGUUUCUGCAGGCUGCGUACCCACCAGUGGUGCUUCCUGCUCUUCAACGUGCUGCUGUUCCACGCGCUGCUCUUCGGGGCCGACUUUGUGGAGGAAUGCCUCCUCCAGCCCAUGCCGAGGACCUACACGGACGUGAAGGUGCUGGAGGUUCGUGAGCGAGCUCGCAAGCUGGACCUGAGCAGCACCAGGGCCAACGACUCGCAGCAGUAUGUCAUCAGCAGCCCCCGGGCCUGCGCCCACCGCGACGUCUUCCUGCUGACGCUGGUCUUCAGCUCCCCGGAAAACGGAAGCCGGCGGGAGGAUAUCCGCAGGACCUGGGCCAACCGUACGCACAUCCAAGGGUUCAUGAUCCAGACGCUGUUCCUCCUGGGGUCCAGCCGGUCCCCCAUCACCCAGGCCGCCAUCAGGAUGGAAAACAAACGCUACGGAGAUAUUAUCCAGGCCCGUUUCAUUGAUUCUUCGAGAAACCAGACCCCAAAGACGGUUCUGGCCAUGAGGUGGGUGGUGACGUACUGUCCCAUCUCCCGAUUCAUCCUGCUGACGGACGAGACCACGUUCGUUAAUCUCCAGUCUCUCGGAGAAUACCUCCUGACCCUACGUCGCCACCCAGAGGAUCUGUACCUGGGCCGCGUGGUGCACCAGGAGAUGCCAGACAGAAAUCCCAGCAGCGCACGCUAUCUGUCUCUGAGCCAGUACCCCGACAAGCACUUCCCGGAUUACUGUGCCGGCUCGGCCUUCGUGAUGUCGCAGGAUGUGGCCCGCAAGGUGUACGUAGCUGCCAAGGAAGUGGCCUCCCCUGUGCCCUACGACGUCUUUGUGGGCCUCUGCGUGCGCCGGGCCGGGGUGGUCCCCAUGCACAGCUCCCGCUUCUCCGGACAGAAGCACGUACGCUACAACAGCUGCUGCUACCAGUUCCUCUUCAGCUCGGCCGACGUGACGGCCAGCGAGCUUUCCUCCAUCUGGGAAGACCUGCGAGACACGAGGCCCUGCAGCUUGCUGGAGACAUACUCUGGCCUGGUCACCUGCAAGGCCCUCACUUACCUGGAUAAAUUCUCAUUUUUCAACACUGGUACUGUAAACGAAGUGAAUCUGUAUGGCUAA